UUACAGACAACUCUUCCAUCCUGGUAAGUCUUUUUUUUUUUAAAUUGAUAAACAUGUUUUCUUACAUUCUCUCUUUUUAGAACAAUUGAUCACUGGUAAGGAAGAUGCUGCUAACAACUACGCUCGUGGUCACUACACUGUUGGUAAGGAGCUCGUCGACUCUGUCCUUGACCGUAUCCGUAAGCUCGCCGAUAACUGUACCGGUCUUCAAGGUUUCUUGGUCUUCCACUCCUUCGGUGGUGGUACCGGUUCCGGUUUCGGUGCUCUUUUGAUGGAACGUCUCUCUGUUGAUUACGGUAAGAAGUCCAAGUUGGAAUUCUCUGUCUACCCUGCUCCUCAAGUUGCUACCUCUGUUGUUGAACCUUACAACUCUAUCUUGACCACUCACACUACUUUGGAACACUCUGAUGUCUCCUUCAUGGUUGAUAACGAAGCCAUCUAUGAUAUCUGUCGUCGCAACCUGGACAUUGAACGUCCUUCUUACGCCAACCUUAACCGCUUGAUUGCUCAAGUUGUUUCUUCCAUCACUGCCUCUUUGCGUUUCGAUGGUUCUCUUAACGUUGACUUGAACGAAUUCCAAACUAACUUGGUCCCUUACCCUCGUAUUCACUUCCCUCUCGUCACCUACGCCCCCAUCAUCUCUGCUGCUAAGGCUUACCACGAACAAUUGUCUGUUCAAGAAAUCACCAACGCUUGUUUCGAACCCAACAACCAAAUGGUCAAGUGUGAUCCUCGUCACGGUAAAUACAUGUCUUGUUGUUUGUUGUACCGUGGUGAUGUUGUCCCCAAGGACACCAACGCUGCCAUUGGUUCCAUCAAGACCAAGCGUACCAUUCAAUUCGUUGACUGGUGUCCUACUGGUUUCAAGGUCGGUAUUAACAACCGUGCCCCUGCUGUUGUCCCUGGUGGUGACUUGGCUAAUGUCCAACGUGCUCUUUGUAUGUUGAGUAACACAACUGCCAUUGCUGAAGCCUGGGCUCGUCUUGACCACAAGUUCGAUUUGAUGUAUGCCAAGCGUGCUUUCGUUCACUGGUAUGUCGGUGAAGGUAUGGAAGAAGGUGAAUUCUCCGAAGCUCGUGAAGAUUUGGCUGCCCUUGAAAAGGAUUACGAAGAAGUUGGUUCUGACUCUUUAGGUGAUUCUGAAAUUGAAGAUGUUGAAGAAUACUAAACAACGUACUUUACAAAAAAAAAAAAAAAAGAAAAUAAA